AUGCCUGUCUUUUCUUUCCACGCCAUCUUUUUUUUUUUCGGUUCCUUGUUAUUUUCCUUCCUAAAAAUUUCAUCAUUCCUUCUUUCUUUCUCAUAUGCAUCAUCGACUUUGCACCACCCACUAACGUCUCGUGCAAUUGUUUCCCCGCCCCCUGUAGUGUCUUCAUGUUUUCUUGUCCCUGCUUUUCUAUUUGUCUGCUUCCAUCUUUUUGACUGUCUCCAUUCUAUAGAACUAUCCGCUCUCGAUAUAUCCCCCCUCUCUCUCUCUUUCUCUCUCUCUCUCUCUCUCGCUUUCUCACUCUUUUUCUCUUUAAUUUCCCUUCGCUUUCUCUCUCAUUUUCUCUUUAAUUUCGCAUUGCUUUUCUUAUUUCUUCAUCCGUUUCUCUGUCUUCCCUCCUCUCUCUUUCUCUCUCUUCUCUCAGUCUCUUUUCCCUUUAUAUUUUUCUAUCUCCAUUUUUUUCUCACUCUCUUUCUUUCUCACACUCUCUUGUCCUGUUUCCGCCCUGUCCUUUUCUAUCUCUCUUUUCUCUGUGAAAUUCUCUUUCUUUCUCACUCUAAUUAUUUUAUAAUUCCAUUUCUCUCUUUCCCUGUCUUUCCCUCUUUAUUAUGGGCUCGCUCUUCUUCUCUGUUUCUCCCUAUAUAUUUCACUCUCUCUCUCUCUCACUCUAUCUAUCUAUCUAUCUAUCUAUCUAUCUGUCUCUGUGUAAAUGCGUAA